AUGUCCCAAUACAACCCAGAAGACACCCCCGCUCCACCAAUCACACGCUCAGCCACGGACAGCAUGAGCGUAAAAAUCAAACGCGAAAGAGACGAAGACACGCCCUUGCGCCCCAAAAAACACCCCCGGCGGACCCUCAGCGAGCAAAUCGUGAUCACGAAAUACCAAGACUCAAUCCUCAGCCCCAAAUCCCCCAUGCCGCGGAGUCCAGCGCCCGAACGCGUCAACAAAGCCCUGACCGACCGCAUCCAGCACCUCAAGGACGAAAACGCCGACCUCAAAGACGGCAUUAGCGGCCUGGAAGGCGACAAAGAAGAUCUGCAACGCAAGAUUGCAAAAGAUGCUAGGAUUUACCGCGCGCUCAGGCUCGAGAGCGAGCAGAUGAGACAGGAUCUGACGGCAGUUAUGCUGCGGUUGACAAGUUUAGAAAGCGAAGUGGCGCAAAUACGCGCGAAGCCGGGGAGGCCGAAAGGGUAA